AACACCACUUUAUAUUUCUUUAAUAUAUCACUACUUAACUACUUAAUAUUCAAACUUGUAAGACCCAAAUAUCAACCCUUUCUCAUACUUCUUUCUUUUUUCCUCUGAACCUUCCAACAUGUUUUCCUCGCGAGUUUUCUCUCUUCUCCUUCUUUUCUCACUACUCACAAUUGCCAAAUCAAACGAGCAUGAAAUUCUACUGAACCUUAAAACCUCCCUCGAAAAUCCAAACACCAAAGAUUUCUUCAACUCAUGGAAUGCAAACAGUUCCAUUUGCAGUUUCCAUGGAAUCACCUGCAACUCCAUCAACUCCGUCACAGAAAUCAACCUUUCUCAUAAAAACCUCUCAGGAAUUCUCCCAAUAGACUCACUCUGCAACCUUCAAUCCCUCACAAAACUCGUCUUAGGUUUCAACUAUUUCCAUGGCAGAGUUAAUGAAAGCCUUAGAAACUGUGUCAAGUUACAGUUCUUGGAUUUAGGAAAAAAUUAUUUCUCAGGACCUUUUCCAGAUAUUUCACCUCUUCAUGAACUUGAAUACCUUUACGUAAACAAAAGUGGAUUUUCUGGAACUUUUCCAUGGCAAUCUCUGUUGAAUAUGACAGGUUUGUUACAGUUAAGCGUCGGAGACAACCCUUUCGAUCUAACGCCGUUUCCUGAAGAGAUUUUAAGUCUCAAGAAGCUGAAUUGGCUUUACAUGAGUAACUGCAACCUUGGAGGGAAAUUACCAGUUGGAAUCGGUAACUUAACGGAGUUAACAGAAUUAGAAUUCGCCGAUAAUUCCAUUACCGGAGAAUUUCCCGGUGAGAUUGUCAACCUUCACAAGCUCUGGCAGCUUGAAUUCUACAACAAUUCCUUCACCGGGAAGAUUCCGAUUGGGUUGAGAAAUCUCACAGGACUCGAGUAUUUGGACGGAUCAAUGAAUCAAUUAGAAGGAAAUCUCUCUGAGAUAAGGUUUUUAAGUAAUCUAAUUUCACUUCAAUUCUUCGAAAACAAAUUAUCCGGCGAGAUUCCACCGGAGAUAGGUGAGUUUAAAAACCUCCGGGAACUGUCUCUUUACAGAAACAGAUUAACAGGUCCAAUUCCUCAGAAGACUGGAUCAUGGUCAGAAUUUGAAUACAUCGACGUUUCGGAGAAUUUCUUAACGGGUUCAAUUCCACCAAACAUGUGCAACAAAGGAAAAAUGUACGCACUUCUUCUUCUUCAGAACAAUCUCACAGGUAAGAUACCGGAAAGCUACAGCACCUGUUUGAGUUUAGAACGCCUCAGAGUGAGUAGAAACUCGCUCUCAGGUACCGUUCCUUCCGGUAUUUGGGGAUUACCCAAUGUUCAAGUAAUUGAUGUUGAAUUGAAUCAGUUAGAAGGUUCCGUUAGUUCAGAGAUUCAAAAAGCGAAUAAACUUGCUAGUAUAUUCGCAAGGAGUAACCGGUUAACGGGUGAAAUACCGGAAGAGAUUUCUAAAGCAACGUCGUUGGUAUCAAUUGAUCUUAGUAACAAUCAAAUUUCUGGGAACAUUCCAGAAGGUAUUGGUCAACUUCAACAACUUGGUAACCUGCAUUUGCAGGGUAACAAGUUAACAGGGGUAAUUCCGGAGUCUUUAGGUUAUUGUAACUCACUCAACGACGUUGAUCUUUCGAGAAAUGAACUCUCGAAAGAUAUUCCUUCGUCCUUGGGUUUGUUACCGGCUUUAAAUUCUCUGAAUUUCUCAGAGAAUGAACUUUCCGGUAAAAUACCAGAGAGUUUAGGUUCAUUGAAGUUGAGUCUCUUUGAUCUUUCGCAUAACCGAUUAUCCGGUGAAAUUCCAAUAGGUUUGACUAUUCAAGCUUACAAUGGAAGCCUCACCGGAAACCCGGGUUUAUGCACGCUUGAUGCUAUUGGUUCCUUCAAGCGUUGUUCUGAGAAUAGUGGCUUGUCAAAAGAUGUCCGUGCCCUUGUUCUUUGUUUCACUAUAAUUUUGGUUUUGGUCCUUUCUUUUAUGGGUGUUUACUUGAAGUUGAAGAAAAAGGGGAAGGUAGAAAACGGAGAGGGUAGUAAAUAUGGAAGAGAACGUUCUUUAAAGGAAGAAUCAUGGGAUGUGAAAUCUUUCCACGUGCUAAGUUUCACAGAAGAUGAGAUUCUUGAUUCUGUUAAGCAAGAGAAUAUAAUAGGAACAGGAGGUUCAGGGAAUGUUUAUAGAGUCACCCUUGCAAAUGGAAAAGAACUUGCUGUUAAGCAUAUUUGGAACACCAAUUUUGGGUCCCGGAAAAAGUCAUGGAGCAGCACACCGAUGCUCGCAAAGCGCGUUGGUAGUGGUGGUUCAAGGUCGAAGGAAUUCGAUGCGGAGGUUCAUGCGUUGAGUUCAAUAAGACAUGUGAAUGUGGUGAAGCUUUAUUGUAGUAUAACGAGUGAGGAUUCAAGUCUUUUGGUUUAUGAGUAUUUGCCUAAUGGAAGUUUGUGGGAUAGGCUUCAUAGUAGUGGCAAGAUGGAGCUUGAUUGGGAAACAAGGUAUGAAAUUGCUGUUGGUGCUGCAAAAGGGUUGGAGUAUUUGCAUCAUGGGUGUGAAAGGCCUGUGAUUCAUAGGGAUGUUAAAUCUAGUAACAUUUUGUUAGAUGAGUUUCUGAAACCUAGGAUUGCUGAUUUUGGUCUUGCUAAGAUUGUUCAUGCCGAUGUUGUUAAGGAUUCUACUCAUAUCAUUGCCGGAACUCAUGGCUACAUCGCUCCCGAAUAUGGUUACACAUAUAGAGUGAAUGAGAAAAGUGAUGUGUAUAGUUUCGGAGUGGUGUUGAUGGAGCUUGUAACUGGUAAAAGGCCAAGUGAACCUGAAUUCGGAGAAAACAAAGACAUAGUAAGUUGGGUUCAUGGGAAGACAAGGAGCAAGGAGAAGUUUAUGAGUGUGGUGGAUUCGAGAAUUCCGGAGAUGUAUAAAGAGGAAGCUUGUAAGGUAUUGAGAACUGCAGUUCUUUGUACAGCAACUAUUCCUGCUAUGAGACCAAGUAUGAGAGCUGUGGUUCAAAAACUUGAGGAUGCUGUACCUUGUAAAUUGGUUGGAAUAGUUAUUAGCAAAGAUGGGAGUGGAAAGAAAAUUGAGGUCAAUGAUAAAUGAAGUGUUUAAUUUCAGAAAGUGGAAGUUUUUGGAUCAGUGAUUACAAAGGGGAUCCCCACUAUUUCACAAUUUAAAUUAGCUAUGGAUUGUAAAUUUUGCCAGGAAAAGGGAGUAAUGUAAGAUAGUCAUAAUAAAAGAAGUAACAAUUCCCUUUUCUUUUUUUGUAGAACUGAAAUAGUGUUCAAAUAAUUGGUUUUGGAUCUGUGAAUGUGAUCACUAAGGGGAAUUUGAACACUAAUUGUUUCACUAGUUAAUUUGCUAUAGAUUGUAAAUUUUGCAGGGAAGAGGGAAUAAUGUAAGAUACUUAGUCAUUAUAAAAUAAGUAAAAAUUCUCUUUUCCUUA